AACUUUGAAUAUUUUAAUUUGUCAAACAUUUUUUUCUAUUUUACUGUUUUAUUACGUUUGCCCGAAUGAAAUGGGCUGAUAUUUUAUGGAUUGAUCCUGCAAUCAGGUUAUUUCUUAGCAGUUAGAAUUAUCAUAUGUCAAAUUCAAUACCUAAGUACUGUACAGAUAGGACAGAUAUGUUGUUAUGCAGGACUUUCGGUUUAUAAUUAGGAGUGAGAAAGAAAACCUCCAUAUUCUCUGGAUUUACCGUUUACGUUUUCUUAGCUAUACUUAUGGCCUUGUGGGAAUCUGAUCAGUCAGCGCUGCUCACAAUCUGUGUCGCACCAAGGGCACUAAUCUUGCUGCGCACGACUUAGAACUCAUGGAAUCCGCGAAGAUUCUGCCUCGUGCAGAUACUGCUGCGCGCAACAAGCGUAUCCUCGUUGCCUUCGAUUUCGACCACACGAUCGUCAAUGAUAACUCUGACACCUUUAUUCUGUCCCUUCUGGAUACCCCUUUACCCGAAGAGAUCGAGGACGUACGGGGCGAAAAAGGCUGGACGGAAUACAUGGAUGCCAUUUACGGGCACCUGCACUCUCUUGGAAUCUCCACGGCAGCGAUACACCAGCACCAGGAGCGCGUACCGCUGGUGGAAGGCGUCAAGGAAUUUUUGGAAUUUCUGUCCACCAACAAAGACAUCGUGGACUGCGCGAUCAUCUCCGACGCCAACGGUCUCUUCAUCCCGUGGAUCCUGGAGGCCCACCACCUCCUGGAAGUCUUCACCGGCCGCAUCCACACCAACCCGGCCUGGAUCGACGACACGGACCGGAUGCACAUUGCGUUUUAUCACACCAACACCUGGUGCGAGUUAAGCGCACGGAAUAUCUGUAAAGGCGCUGUAUUGCGCCGGCUCUGCUAUCCCAACGCCCAACAGGAAGAUGUGCCGUCCGCAGCGGAAGAGUUGCUGAAGCCGCUGGAUGACGGAUGUCUCUAUGAUUGUGUGAUAUUUGUGGGUGAUGGGCAGAACGAUUACUGUCCCAGUUUACGGUUGCGUCCGCAGGAUUUUGUUUUUGCACGGCAGCGGUUUCAGUUGGUGAAUUUGUUGAAGAAAAACGCGGAGUUGGUGAAAGCGGGGGUGUUUACAUGGGCGACCGGUUAUGAUAUGCUGGAGAAAACGAAGACGAUAAUAAAACGAUAAUUUUAUCAUUUAUCUGCGACAU